CUGGCCGCAACGAGUAGGAGAGUCGUGGCGGUUGCGUCGAAGGCUUUGAGGGUAGGCCCAGCUGGAGCUUCCGUCAGUGCAGAUCUCGGUGGUAGAAGCAAAUAUUUAAGUUCGAUCCUUAAAGACUGAAG